CUAGCGUUUAGGCGUCUUCUUGCAGUUACCGCUGCAGUAUAAGCCUGGCAUAUCCACUAGAAGAGCUAGUAGCAGACCCCAAUAUCGACCAGUUGGCUCCUUCUCUUUUCCUUGGUGGUUUCUCCCAGUACUGGUCAUGGCGAAAAGCCGCUCUAAUGAGGCAAUUCUGGUACUUCUAAGACAUGGACUCGCCGAGUUUGAGCUCACGUCUUCUCCGGUUCCUUCAGUUACUGGUUACCGGCCUCACAAAUCACCACUUGCCUCUAUUUCUGUCCCUGCCACCUCCCAUCGAUUCUUCGCAAGAAUAGGACCUUCAUUCGGUGGAGGGUCUCCAGCACUGAAGAAAGUUGAGCGUUACUCAGUUCAGAAAGUCACUGGUGAUGGACGCUGUCUGUUUCGUGCACUGGUAAAAGGAAUGGCUUUCAACAAAGGUAUAGCACUUAGCCCCCGUGAGGAGAAAGAAAAUGCUGAUGAAUUGCGGAUGGCUGUCAAGGAGGUAAUUUGUGAUAAUGAUAAAGAACGCCUUCAUUACGAAGAAGCGAUGAUUGCAAUUACUGUUGAGGAGUCUUUGAAGCGUUAUUGCCAACGAAUUGGAAGAUUGGAUUUUUGGGGAGGAGAGUCAGAGCUGCUGGUGUUGUCAAAGCUGUGUUGCCAGCCAAUUGUUGUCUACAUACCAGAACAUGAGCAUGGUGGACGGGGCUAUGGUUUCAUUCCAAUUGCAGAGUAUGGAGCUCAGUUUUAUAAAGAUUCAAGAAAAAAAGAACCUCGGAAAGUUGUGAGGCUUCUGUACAGUGGUAAGAACCAUUACGAUCUACUUGUUUGAGAUCGUGUUUAGCAGUGACGCAGCAAUGCAUAUUUUGUACCCGAGGGAAAAGAAAUGCAACACUUAAGCUGGCCUUUCAAGUUUCUUGAUGACGCCUUCUCUCUCUCUCAAGGCAGGAAUAUAUGAUAUCUGCUUCUUUUGCGUCUAAUCACGGCUAUAAUAAGGCCAGCCAAAAGUGCCACACGGUACAGACAAAAUUUUUAGUGCAGACAAAAUUUUGUUUGGAUA